AUGGCGUUGUGUUGGUCUAUUUGGACUGCCAGGAAUAAAUGGUUGUUCAAAGGUAAGGCUUGUGAUGCGAAGGCUUCGGUGAAAUAUGUGACAAAACUUGUGGCUGAGCUACAAAAGGAAGAUCAAAGCAUCAUGGUUGAGGGUAGUACUCGUCAUAAAUGGAAGCCUCCACAAGAGAAUUGGGUGAAGCUAAAUGUUGAUGGGGGAGCUGCCGAGGGCAGGGGGGCGUCAGUAGAGGCUGUUGUCCGUGACUGCUAUGGGGAGGCUAAGGUUGCAGUGGCGUGGCGAAUGGAGGAGCGAUGGCCACAUGAUAUCGCUGAGGCUAUGUUGGUUCUGCUAGGACUCAAGGCUACGACAGAGUUUGGGCACCGUCGUGUUGUGGUGGAGAGUGAUUGCUUAGGCUUGAUCAACGCAAUCUCAUCACGAGAAAGAGGGACUAGCUCUUUGCAUAUUAUCCUUGAUGAUAUAUAUCAUGUUACUAGAUUUUUUAUUGAUGCUUCUUGGAAUUUUGUUCAUAGAGAUGGGAAUAAAGUGGCUUAUGAGCUUGCUCAUUGUUUGCAAUGGGAUGUGGGGAGGUAUGUUUAA